AUGGGUAUUGCUCGUGACAGUUGGCAUAAAAGACGCGCUACCGGAGGUAAGCGUAAACCAAUUCAUAAAAAAAGAAAGUUUGAGCUUGGACGCCCAAAUUCUAACACUAAGAUUGGAGGUAAACGCGUUCAUCUCGUAAGAUGUCGUGGUGGUGCCAUUAAACAUCGUGCUUUAAGACUUGACAAUGGAAGUUUUGCCUGGGCUUCAGAAGGAUGUACACGUAAAACACGUAUUGUUGAUACUGUAUACAAUGCUUCAAACAACGAAUUGGUUCGUACAAAAUCAUUAGUAAAAGGAGCUAUUAUUACUAUUGAUGCCGUUCCAUUCAGACAAUGGUAUGAAUCACAUUACGCAACUCCACUUGGACGUAAAAAGGGAGCUCCAAUCUCUACUGAAGACCAAGCUAAAUUCGAUAAAUCAACUACAUCAGAAGCUACACAAAAGAAGUAUUCUGACAGACAAAAAAGAGCUGCUAUAGAUCCUAAUGUUUUGGAACAAUUCUCUUCUGGACGCCUUCUUGCUCGUAUUGCCUCUAGACCAGGACAAUCAGGACGCGCUGACGGUUACAUCUUGGAAGGAAAAGAACUUGAAUUCUACCUUCGUAAGAUCCGUACUAAGAAGGCCAAAUAA